CAGCUUUCUGGUGUUCGUCGAGGUUUAUCUUGAUGACUACUGCUAUAGCAACAAGAUGCUUUUCCAGCAGAUACUUCAGACCAGCUUGUUACCUAUUUACCAAGAGCCGUCUGUCAUCGGAUACGACCUCCAAUUUUACAGCAUCCGAGAGCCAGUGGACUCCUGGUCCAGACAAACCAAGCACCUGGUGGCCCCAUGUUCCUUCUAUCCCAGGGCGACGCAUAGUUCGAAUGUAUCCGAUUCGUCAUCGUCACCGGCCGCGGAUCGUACUGGUUCAUGACGGUUGUACCAACCGACCGUUUUACACAAUUCAAAUAAAGUCAAAUUUGUCGGGGACCAAGGACCAAGGUAUAGAACAGGUUGGAUCGUGGGACCCGUUUCCAAAUAAAGAUCACGGAGAGCAUUUGAUCGCUCUUAAUCUGAAGCGCAUUUCAUACUGGAUUGCUAAAGGGGCUGAACCGAGCACCAAAGUGGCAGAACUUCUUGGAUUGGCCGGUUUUCUCCCAGUGCAUCCACGUACUUACCUUGCUGCACAUCGAGCGCGCGUGGCCACCCAAGCUUUCCUCGAAAGGCAGCGAAACGAAGCAAACAUAGCAACAGAAGAGCUAACUGACCCUGAUUCCGAAAAAUCAGAUGAGGACCAUGAGAAGAGACCGGAUGCAGUUUGGCGCCACGGAAAGAAACCUCCAUGGUGGUGGUACAAUGGAUUAUAUUAGUUCCAUUGUAAUAGUUCCAUCGCUUUAUUGCAGACGCGUUUGUAAAUAUAGUUUUCCGCUAAAU